AUGAGUUUAGUGCAAAAAGAUUUGGAAUACAUUUGGCACCCGUACACUCAACACAAAACAGCAAAGCCUCCUAUUGUUAUUGUGAAAGGGAAAGGCGCUUCCUUAUGGGACGAAAACGGUAAAGAGUAUAUUGAUGCUAUUGCUUCCUGGUGGGUGAACCCCUUUGGCCAUAGCAAUAAGUAUAUUGCGGACCAAAUCUAUAAACAACUGACAAGCCUAGAGCAUGUUUUGCUGGGUGGAUUUACUCACCCUCCAGCAGUAAAUCUGGCUGAGCGACUAUUAUCUAUUUUGCCCAAGAACCAAAACAAGGUUUUUUUCUCAGACAAUGGUUCGACUUCUGUUGAAGUGGCUAUCAAAGCAGCCCUACAAUUCUUUUACAACAAAAAUGAAAAGCGAACAACCAUUGUAGCUUUUGAGGAUGCUUUCCAUGGAGAUACAUUUGCAGCUAUGGCGGCAAGUGGAAUUUCAUUUUAUACAAUGGCUUUCCAAGGAAUGUUCAUCGAUGUCGUUCGCAUUCCCGUACCUGUUCCUGGAAAAGAACAAGAAAGUUAUGAAGCUCUUGAAAAUGUUCUUACUGAACAUCAAUGUGCUGCUUUUAUUUUUGAGGUCUUAAUCCAAGGUGCUGGGGGCAUGAAAAUGUACGAGCCUGAAUGUCUUGACAAACUCAUUGAAAUUUGUCAAAGACACCAAGUGUUAACGAUAGCUGAUGAAGUUAUGACCGGUUUUGGGAGAACGGGAAAGCUAUUUGGAUGUGAUUAUUUAAAAACUCAACCUGAUGUUCUGUGCUUAUCCAAAGCUCUAACAGCUGGCACAAUUCCCAUGGCUAUAACAACGUUUUCCAAAACCGUUUUCGAUGGAUUCUACAGCGAUGACAUUAACAAAGCCCUUUUCCAUGGCCACACAUUUACUGGCAACCCCACUGGAUGUGCCGCCGCCUUAGCAAGUUUGGAUCUGUUAUUGUCUAAAGAUAUGCAAGAUAAUAUUUCUCGUAUUCACCAAAGUCAUUUGGAAUUCAAAAAGCGUUUAGAAUCUCAUCCACGCGUGCAUACCGUCCGCGUACGUGGUGUUAUUCUUGCUCUUGAAGUUUCAUCUCAGCAGAAAGAAAGUUAUUACGGUAACCUCAGAAACAAUUUAUACGAUUUUUUUCUCAAACACGGAGUUAUGUUACGUCCCAUUGGAAACAUUGUCUACAUUCUGCCUCCCUACAUUAUUACCCAAGAACAAUUGACGGUCGUUUAUUCUACAAUUGAGAAAGCUUUAAAUGAAGUGGUUUAA